GGCGUCGCGCUGCGUGCUUCGGGACCCCGCGGCGCCGCACUUUGUCACCAUUAGCCCUUCUGUGUGUCUGGGCUAAACACUUACCAUUUUGGAGUUUAAAGUAUGUCAUCAUGGCCAAAUUUCGAAGAAGGACUUGCAUCAUUUUGUCACUUUUUAUUCUAUUUAUUUUCUCCCUGAUGAUGGGUUUAAAAAUGCUGAGGCCAAAUAAAGCUACUUUUGGAGAUCCUUUUGGACUUGAACUUCUUCCAGAACUUCAUCAACAGACUCGCUUAGGGAAAAGCCUUGAUUCCCAAAACAAUGACAGAAUCAACAGUGAAACAAAUGUCAAGAAUUUGAAAAGUGUUGAAAUCACUGUGAAACCAUCCAAAGCCUCUGAACCUUACCUGGAAGAGCUGCAACCUCUGAAUUAUUAUUUACAUGUCUUUUAUUACAGUUGGUAUGGAAAUCCUCAAUUUGAUGGUAAAUAUAUACAUUGGAACCAUCCAAUCCUGAAGCAUUGGGACCCUAGAAUAACCAAGAAUUAUCCACAAGGGAAACAUAAUCCUCCGGAUGACAUUGGCUCCAGCUUUUACCCUGAGUUGGGAAUUUACAGCUCACGGGAUCCUUCUGUCAUUGAAACUCACAUGAAACAAAUGUACUCAGCUUCAAUUGGUGUACUAGCCCUAUCUUGGUAUCCACCUGGUACAAAUGAUGAGAAUGGAGAAAAUACUGAUGAUUUGGUACCAACUAUUUUGGAUAAAGCUCAUAAAUAUAAUCUGAAGGUCACUUUUCACAUCGAGCCAUACAGCAAUCGUGAUGACCAAAACAUGUACAAAAAUGUCAAAUAUAUUAUAGACAAGUAUGGAAAUCAUCCAGCCUUUUAUAGGUACAAGACCAAGACUGGCAGUGCCCUUCCUAUGUUUUAUAUCUAUGAUUCCUAUAUCACAAAGCCUGAGAAAUGGGCCAAUCUGUUAACUACCACAGGAUCUCAGAGCAUUCGCAAUUCUCCUUAUGAUGGACUGUUCAUUGCACUUCUAGUAGAAAGCAAACAUAGGUACGAUAUUCUACAAGGUGGUUUUGAUGGAAUUUACACAUAUUUUGCCACAAAUGGCUUCACUUAAGGCUCAUCCUAUGAGAACUGGGCUAGGCUAAAAUUUUUUUGUGAUCAGUUCAACCUACUGUUUAUCCCAAGUGUUGGCCCAGGAUAUAUAGAUACCAGCAUCCGUCCAUGGAACGCUCAAAAUACUCGGAACCGAAUCAGUGGGAAAUACUAUGAAACUGCCCUGGGUGCAGCACUACAUGCCCACCCCAGUGUAAUUUCCAUCACCUCUUUUAAUGAGUGGCAUGAAGGAACUCAGAUUGAAAAAGCUGUUCCCAAAAAAACCAGUAAUACAGUGUACCUGGAUUACCGGCCUCAUAAACCAAGUCUUUAUCUAGAACUAACUCGUAAAUGGUCUGAAAAAUACAGUAAGGAAAGAGCCGCUUAUGCAUUCGAUCAUGAGCUGCCUCUUUCUUAAUGCAUUUAUAAUUAUAGAAAGCAAUAAAUAUGUUUUUUGAGUUACAGGAAUAACUGUCAGUCAGUAUACACUGAUCUUAAAAGAAUUUGGCCUUUUUUAAAAAUGGUAACAACAUUGGCACCCUUCACAGUGCUGCACUGAAAAAAUAUGGGAGAAAAAUUGUGCCUAAUUUGCUGAAUUUCUACUUUGAUACUAAUUUUUAUUUCACAGUAAAUGCUUGUGUUGCAUAAUUAGUGCACAGUUACAUCCAACUUGUAUUCUGGGCCAAAGAAAUAGAUUGUGUGCAUAUUUGGUAUGUCUAGUGAGGAAAAUAAGACCUAAACAAUAGUGUACAUGUUUGAUUUAGACUUUUUUCAGUGAUUCAGUCAUCCAGAGUCUGAACACUAAAGUCUCCAAUAAAAAUUCUUAAGGAAAACGUAAUCAUAACUUCAGUCUUACAGUGAAUCCUGUCGUGUGAGGAAGGCCUGCUUUCUGAAGCACAGCAUCCUUUGAGGAUUUUUGAUAAACUGUAGCACGCUUGGUGUUGUGUCUGUCUCAUGUAUCUGCUUCACAAUGCUGAAUUCCAGAUUUUAGAAGCUGUGGAAAGUUGUUUCAUAAAAGUUAACAAUUACUUCUUAAUUAUUAAGAAAACAUACUUCACAAUUAUUCAUGUUUCAAAAAUUCAAUGUUAAUGAGAGAUCAACUGUUAAUAUCAAUUUUUAUUUCUUUUUCUUUCUUACCGAUCCCUGGAUUUCCUUCAUGUUUUAAGCUAUUUUUACCAAAAUAGAGAAAAUAUACUUAGCAUUUUAAGGCCGUGGAAAUGAAAAUUCUUUUAUAUCUUAAAUCAUUCCUAAGUUUUACUUUUAACAUUCUAAUAAUGGAAAUAAUCUCAUUUAAAAUACUUUGGUAUUAUGUAUAAUAAUAUCCCCCUGUAAAAACAUCAUACUUUCAUGGUACCUAUCACGUUUCAUGCUUGUGAUCAGUUGUCAUACUGUGACAGAUUAACCUACCUGUAUGCUAAUAGUGAAACUAUAAUAGUAUAUGUUCUCCUCCAGUUCUUACAGUUAAUAUUUGUAACUAGAACUGUAGUAAAAAAACAUAUGCUAUUACAUGAAAAGUGUAAAAUUAUUUCUUAUUAAAUUUAAAUAGAAGCAAUUGGGCAGUGCUAAUCAAAAAUACAUAAAUCUUCAGGGUUUAGAGACACUCAUGCAGAAGUAAAGUAACAGUAGAAUUUAUCAUAAAAUAGCUCAUCAGGUGAUGAAACUUAUUUUUAAUCAGUGAUUCUGAAGUAAAAUUUCUUUGAAAAGAGGUAUGAUUCGUGUUUAACUUAUUUAUAACUUAAUUUGCCAUUUCUCAGAAUGAUCAGACCAGGAGAAAUUAGUACAACAGUAGUAAUCCACUUUCUACAGGGAAUGACAAUAAAUCACUAUAAUGACAUAAGCAAGCAUCUUCAUAGGCACACUCAUACAGAUAGAACCUGUGGAUUUUUUUUUUCUUAUAUUAGCCACUGUAUGCUAUCAUAGGGAUGAAUUCUAAAUAUGUCAUGCCUAGUAACCCCUUACACUGUAUUAAAUUUUGAAGAACUACUACAGAGAAAUUUUUGUCACUGUUUAUACUGUAUAUUUGUACCUACUGUGACAGAAAAUUUUAUGAACUGGUUCUUAGAUUAAGGGAAAGUGUAUGAAAACAAAGUCAACAAAUCCUCAAUACAAAUACCACCACUUCCUAUCUUGCUCUCAUUGCAGACCUAGAUCAUUGACAGCAUGCAUUACCUCUAAACUUUACCCCAACCAGCCAGUAACAAUCAGACUUCAAAGGAAAAUAAAACAGGUCUGUCUUCAGUGCAGAAAGUUAUUUUCAAGGGAAAAAUGUUUGUGGAGACUAUCAUGUGUCUUUUCACCUGUUUUAAAAAAACAAUUAUUAGAAGGAGUCAUCUCCAAUAAUUUUAUUCUCAAGAAUGCUCUCAAAACCUUCCUCAGGUAUUUAUUACAGCUGCCUUCAUCAUUUGACUUCUAGCACAGUUUAUAUCAUUAUUAUCACAAGAAGAGCAAAGAACUGAUUGGCUAAUUUAAACCAUAUAGGUGUAAAUUCAAUAAACUUAAACAGUGUAAUAUAUGCAAUGCAUGAAUCAUAAUUCUUUUAUGGUUUAUAGAAAAAUCUGUUUUAUUGUCCCUUUAAGGACUAAUUGUCAAAAACUGCUGUUAAUAAUGUUUAAGUUGUACAUUAACUUUUUUGUUUUGAAGUAAUUAAAAAUGGACUAUUUUGUUAUAUUAUCUUUCAUUUA